ACCCGUAGUUAUAGUGACACUUGAAUAGCAAAUAACUAUACAUUCUCCCACUUAUCCCUUUACUCCCUAAAAUGUCUAAACUUCAGCAGCUCAAUGUGUUCCUCAACGAAAAAUUAACAGCAGUUCCUUUGGAGGUAUCUGUUGUAGUUAAAAAAACGAUCGCAGAGUACCAGGAAGAAAUCUCCCGUUUGGAACGGGCGAAUGCACGUCUACGAAGACUGCUGGAUUUGGUUUUCAAACCAGAGAUAAAAUUGCAUAGAUUAGCAGACCUCCAGCGGCUCACUGUCUCUGAAGAGAAGGUUAACUCGGGGCAGCAGGAGUGGAGCUCCUAUCUGAGGCCAGUGGAGUCUGAUACCGAAGAGUCUACAUGGAACUCUUUCAACAUCAUAACGGUAGAGAGCCAAAAAGAAUCUGAUGGCAACAGAGAAUCUGAUGGCGACGGCAACAGAGAAUCAGAAUCAACCAGUGACUAUCAGCCCCCCUCUGAAGUAAAUCCAGAAAGUGACAAUGAUGAAAGUAAUGGCGGAAAAGCGGAUGGAGUGGAGAAGAGAAUACCUCUGUCGGGGUCAAAGAGACGAAGAGGACGGCCAAGAAAAGAAACCAGUGAGUUGACGGAUCUGAAGUGUGAUGUGUGCGUAAAAUACUUUGCGACAGCAAGUGGUCUGAAAAGGCACCAACAGUUACGGCACAGUGAAGAGAGACCAUACAUGUGCGAUACAUGUGGCCAGUGUUUCGCCUUAAACCGAUACCUGACCCGACACAUGAAGAUUCACACAGUGGAGAGACCACAUCGCUGCUUGGUAUGUGGCAAACGUUUCUUUCACAAGGAAAGCCUGAAAAAUCAUAUGGUUAAUCUUCAUACAGGGCUGAUUUUUAAAUGUGAUUUGUGUGGGAAAUGCUUGUCGACAAAAGGUCGUCUGAAACUGCAUAGGCAAAAUCACACUGGGGAAAAAUCGCAUCCGUGCAAGGAAUGUGACAAGGCGUUCUACUGCGAGUCAGACUUGAUAAAGCAUACCAGGACUCACACUGGGGAGAAACCGUUUCGGUGCAAAGAAUGUGGCAAGUGCUUCGGCGAGAAGGGAAGCCUGACAAAGCAUAUGAUGACUCACACACAGGAGAAACCACAUUGCUGCAACGAAUGUGGCAGACGCUUCAAUCUGAAGGGAAACCUGACAGUGCAUAUGAGGACUCAUACAGGGGAUGGAGUUCAAUGCCAUCUGUGUGGAACUUACUUGAAGUUAGCAGCAAGUCUGAAGAGACAUCUGCGAACUCACAGAAUAAAUAUUCCCAAUGACUGAGAACACAUAACAAUGCACGUUGUGUAAAAUGUGUUUUUGGAAGGUAGAGACUAUAUCUUGAGGACACCCCUCAGGUCACAGCUCUUGGUACAGUCUGAAAUCUGGGAAUCUGUUCAAUGGGUUAGGGUUAGGGUUAUUUUUACAGAACGUUAUCAAAUUCAAAUCAACUGUAUUUAUUACGCACUUUUUACAAACGUUACACUCUCAAGUUAGUUAGACAUUUUCAGAACUGAAGUCUGUGAAGAUAAAUCACAUCCCACAACAUCUGUUGUGUAGAUUUUGUUAAAUGCCUUCACCCCCAAAUGAAUGGAAAAGAUAAGAAACCAAAUCGAACCAGGAAAUUAGAUGGUUAUCAGCAGGCAGCCUAGUGGUUAGAGCGGUGGGCCAGUAACCGAAAGGUUGCUGGAUCAAAUCCCAGAGCUGACAAGGUAAAACUCUGUCGUUCUGCCA